AUGCCGCCAAAGGCCAAGGCGGUGGAGCCAAAGCCCAAGUCCAAGAAGGCGCUGGCGCUCCAGGCCGCCAUCGACCAGUCAGCGAAAGAAGCGCAGAAAGCCUACAAGCAGCAUGAGCAACUCCGCACAAAAGCGGACCAGGUGGAGAAAAGCCAGCGCGAGUACCUGCUCCUCGACGAGACGGUCGCACGGGAACGGAUCAAGGAGGAAAAGAAACGCUAUUGCGCCGCCGUGGCGGAUCUGAGGAAGGAGGAGCAGUUCGCCUUUGCCACCUACAGGAAGCACGACCGUUGGGAGCACAUUUCAGAAGCAUCGCGUUUGCCGAAUGUGCACAGCGAGGCGGACAUCAACGACUUCCUGAGCAGCUGGAAGAGUCGUCAGGCGACAAAUGAUCGGUAUGAGCCGGAUACGGUCGUCAUCGCUUCCCGCGCGCAGAACAACACGGAGGACGCAAAGCUACUCUUCAUUCGCGGCGAACAGCGCUUGCCGCCGCAGAGGCGUCGGACGCUCAUGAGGGAGGAACUUCUGCAGUGCUACGACGCCUACGAGCUAGCCGAAAAGAUCAAAGAUGACCGGGACACCUACAACUCGAUUGGUUCCACGGCCGCGUCUCAAAAUCCCAUGCCAUGGGGCGCCGUCUUGGAGGAGGUGUAUUCUCAACUGCGUGCGACGUUCGAUUUUGUGUCGGCGCAGACCUUGCGGUUUUACGACCAGAUCAUCGACAGCGCAGACGGCGAAACGGUUAUGCGCACUGUGUCCGCGACAAACCCGGUUAUCAGGUUCGGGCUGUGGGUCAAAACAAAGGAUGUGACUCGCAGUUUCACGUCCCUUGCUUUCCCAGACAUCGAGGUGCGCCUUGACCCAAAGCAGAACUCGCUGCCGAAGCUGCCCAAAAUGCUGGGCCUCAGCAAGGAGAAUAUUGCCGUGCGUGCGGUGCAGCUGGCCUUUGACCCUUACUCCUGCUACGUCUCACGCCGCAGCCAGUACUACGCGCUGGACUGCACCAUCAAGAUCGACCUCCUCACUUUCGCCGAGCGACCGUGGUCCAACGGAGAGUGGCUGCUGCGCAUGGAGACGCCGGAGUCGCACAGGCUCCACGUAGAGGAGUACCCGCCGCGAACCGCUGAGGCCCGCGUCGAGGAUCCUACACUGCGCAUCUCUUUUGAGGUGCCGCACUCCAUCGUGAUCCGCCAGCCAAGUUUGUUCAUCGGCAGAUGGAAUGGGGAGACGCAUGAGUGGGAGCCGUGCAGCGGGGCAACGCUCGGUGCGCCAUUCGGUCCCACUGCGCGCGUUGCGGAGAACCCGCGGCGUGCGACGUUCAUCACUUCCGAGCUCGCGCAGUUCGCUGUUCUUCACGAAACCGUGUUCGACGUCGUCUACGAAAGCUGGAGCCUCAAGCCUUUUGACGGGAGCCGUAUCCUCUUUACGCUGGAAGGCCGUCACCGGGGCGACGCCACCGAUCGCGAGUUCCGCUUUCUGCUUGAGGACGCCAAGUGCCGUCUUCUCUCUCCCGAAGACGACGAGCUGGCGCCGCUGCGCACCUCGUGCUGGAGCCCAGCGGUGCUGCUGCGCAAGCUCAAGCAGAGCGGAUUCAACUUUCUGGUUCGUGAUGAGGAGGCGUGCUUCUUAGAAAAUGUUAUCCCGAAAACUCGCCAGCUCGAGGAGAAAGCCUACGCGGAUAUGGCGCAGCUCAGUCAGUACUUCACGAUUGCCAGCUCGCACCACAACAAAAACGGCGAGGACGCGGAUAUGGCCCUUUUUCGCGUCUCGAAGCGUUGGCUGCGGGCAGGCGAAGAGGACGAGAGUUUCGACAUUCCGACAACCGCUGAUUUGUGGCACUCCAUCCGCUACCGCACCGACGACUGCGCCCUCGCCUGCUUCACUGAGUUGGACGAGACGACAAACAUGAACAUCCUUGACGGCGCGGAGACGCACUACAACCUUUACAGCCUCCUCACGCCCGUGGAAGGCGAGGAGACGUUGCGUGGACAGCUACUCAACACGAACUACCUGCUACGGCGGUGCGUUCUGGAGUUUCUGCAGCUCGUCCGCCCGCUCACGUGGGGUUGA